GAGUUUCACGAAAAAGGGACUACAGAAGGCAUGGCAACUUAUAAAGCUUCCCAAGUUGGUUGCAAAAAACCUAGAGACUGCAACGAGGAGAGCAACCCAAUGGCGCUGCAACCAAGUGAAAUGCAAGGAGAUUCGAAUCCUGCUGAACCACCACCAGAUUGCAAUGAGGAGAGAAACCCAAUGGCGCCGGAAGAAAGUGAAACACAAGGAAAUUCGGAUCUUGCAGAACCACCACCAGUCGAGCCGACACCGGUGGUUGAUGAAAAUUAUCGACAAUUGUUUGAAGCCACAUUAAAAGGUGAUUGGAAAGCUAUAGAGAGAAUCCUCACUAAAGAUCCCGAAGCAAUGACGGCCCAACUUAUGACCAUAGAAGAUGGUGAUGGUGACUUUACUGUGCUCAAUAUUGCGGCUGUGACUGGACAAGAUGAAUUGGUGGAGAAACUGCUAAAGCGCAUCCCUCGGGAACUUAAAGCUCGCGGCUUAGAUCAAGCCUUCUGCGUUGCCGCCCAGAAAGGAAGAAUAAGGAGGGCAAAGGAAUCAAUAGAACAACUUGAAAAAGUCCGUGGUGAAUCUACGGUACACGAUGCCCUGUUGUCUGCUACGAGAAGUAUUCCUAAGCAAAAGGAGGUUAUCUGGUACCUGGCCAAGCGUAUAACAUACCCCCCUUGUAAUGAUAUCAUGAUGAACCUUAUUAAGGCCGGCCAUUUGGACAUACUCUUGUAUUUAGCUCACCAAUACCGUGACUUAGCGACGUCGGUUGAUACCCAAAACAAUGGCCUGUUGGAAGUCUUUGUGCAUGUGAAGUCCUACUACCGUAGUGGAGCUAAACUCAAUUUUUGGGAAAAAUGUAUUUACCAAUGUGUCCCUUGCUUGGUUGAUACACCAUUUGACAACACCAAAGACAUGAAGAUGGCUCGAGCGACUCACCGGUUCAAGACAUUACUCUGGAAUGUUGCCACAAAACCAGGUACACUAACUGCCAUGGUAUCUUUAGACAAAAAACAUGCCAUGGUAUCCAUAGAAAAAGGACCUUAUUUCAUCCAUGGGUAGAGAUAUCUAUCUUAAAUUGUAAAUUGAUAUUAUUGACAUAUCCAGUUGAGAUCAUAGUUAUCAAUAUGAAUUGGCUCUUGAUUUGUAUACUACGAUAUGAUUAGAUUCCAUUCAAUUCAAAGUCCAAUUGACAUGUAUCCCAUCAAGAGAAUAUGUAAAACUAAUCAGUUUGAAAACAUAUCUAUUGAUCUGUCGUUGAA